GGAAGUUACAGCAUCGAGUCAUUUCCAGCUUCUACACCGACGAUAACACAACACAGACAAACAUGGAGACAACACAGGACAACAUCUGACGGAGCAAAGCGACAACAUGUCUCGGACCCACCGGAAAAUGAAGCGACAGCUGCUCGACGUCUCUCUGUCCCCGACAAGUUCUCAACAUCUACUAGUUUUUGACGAGGAAUACCAGAAUACGUGAGGGUUUAACCGCCACAGGCCAAGAAGAAGAAGAGGAGGAGGAGGAAGAGAGAGAAGAAGUGAAAAUGUCUCCGACUGUCGGUGUCGACCAGGCUCCGGAACAAGCGGCCAUGGAGAGAUUCGGUAGCGGAGGGAAGGCGCUGCUGCCUUGGACCAAACAGAUGCUCACCGUGAUGUGGGAACAGCUUCGGCUGCUGCUGCAGGUCAUUUACUGCACCUUCAUGUCCGUUUUUCAAUUGUUAAGGUUCGAGGUCCACGUGAGAAUCACAGAUGAGACAGGUCAGCACAUCCAGCACAUGAGCACCACAGCCAAUCCAACAGAAUCCUUCCUGUUCUCCUCAUUGUUUGACGGAGACAACGGAGUCAUGGUCGGCGGAUCAAAUCCCCUCUCUGAGUUCUGCUCGGAUGUCGACCCCUUUGCCGACGACCUGUGCUGCGGACUCGUGGAUGACUUUGUGUCCAGAACGGCCGGAAAAGAAGAGGGCAUCUUUCUGGGCUUUGCUGGCGACUGGAACGUCUUUGUGUCAAGCAGUGACAGCUCCAGUUCAAACGAGGCCUGUCAUAAAAGACGUGAGAAUUUCUUCAGACAGGAUCUUUCAAAAACAAAAGUUGUCAAACAGGAGACUUCAGAAGAGGACAGGAGCUCAGACUGCAGUAGUGAGGAAGACCAGAACUUAGUGGAAUUUGACAGUGAGGAAAGUAAGGCCCUUUGGGAGUCUCUGUCAAAAUCGAGUGAUCCUUACAAUCCCUUCUUUUUCUCUGCGUGCAUUUCAACAAACACCGGCAUGGGGAAAAGUAAAACCCAAGCGAGGGACAGUAGCGACACUGACAUCAUGUCAGUGAGCAAGACCAGCGAGAGACGUUGGGGCCUCGAGGCCUGA